AUGAAUCAUUGGCAGCUCCUCAAUGAUGUGCGAAAGUCUGUUUAUUGCAGCAGGAACGAUGAUUAUUCAAUAGAGCUGAAGGAAUUGGUUUCGCUGGCGUCGAAAAGUAAUGAUUCAGAGUUCAUAAAAUGUGUUCUAUUGCUACGAGAGGAUAUUACGAGUGCUAAUGCAAAAGUGAAACUACUCUGGUUGACUUCUCUUGUCGGUAAGAACUUCUAUGCUCCGUUGGACGUUGAUUUGGCGGGUCCGCUUCCAUGGAAUGGACCUCAUAUCCUGGAUACAAGGUCUGCUAGGCUGCAAUCCAAGUAUGCUAAAAGAUCUCCUCUACGUCCAGAAGAUACUCCGGAAUUGAGACAGUGCCAGGAUAUCAACAAUUGCUCCUUUGUGGCUUCGUUGAUCGGACUCAAGGUUCAUAAUGUGAGGCAGCCGAAGAUCAAACAGCUAUCGCCAGAUGUCUUCUCGGUCAAUUUGCAUUUCAAUGGGGCAAGUGACAGAGUGGUUACUGUGAGCACAUCUCAGAUCCCGACUGAUGGUCAGUCGAAUCAGUUGUCGAUACAUAGUGGGGAUUUGGCUGAUAAAGUGGUGGAAUUGGCAUACUUGCAGAUUACGGCAGGCUCAUAUGACACACAUGGAUCGAACUGUGCGAUCGACACGUUUAGACUGACUGGCUAUCUUCCUGAGGUAAAGGCGGCGAACAGGAUUGAUAUCAAGAGACUGAUCAAAUAUUUCCGAAGUGGUUUAUGCAUUAUUGCGCUUGGCACUGGCGCAGAUGCUUCAAUGCUCGUAGCGCCUUUGAUCACGGAUCAUGACUACGCUGUGGUGGCUGUAGACGAUGACAGGGAAUCUUUGACGAUACGGGAUCCUUUAAAUCCGGAGACCUGCGUCGAAGUUCGCCAAAAUGACUUAUGGAACCACUACGAACAAGUAUAUCUCAAUUGGUGUCAAACGAAGCUUUUCUACUACAAGACUUGCAUUCAUUUUUUCUACAAAGCUGAGUGCUGCAAUCGCUUCAACAGCAUUACCGAUAAACCACUAUUCAUUAUAAAGAACCGAUCGAAAUCGAAGCAACCAGUGCGUGUGCUGCUGGAAACAAACUUACGUGAAGAGGUCUCACCAGGGAAACGGAUAGCUUACUUGAAAGAAGUACCGAACGAUAUAUUAAGUAGCAUCCACGAUGAACCUACAGGUGCUUGUGACAUCGGAUUGCAGCUGCUGAAACUAGAACUGCUCCCUGGUCAAAGUGUCCGGCUGUUUUGCCAUUCCUCGCACAGCGAAUCCUUCACAACUCAUAUGUUUUACAACUCCGAACUUGUAAGCUUCAAUAGAGAAAUAAAGAGCGGAGAUUAUCGCAGUAUAAUAUUUGACGCACCAGACAAUGGAAUUUCGAACUCCUGUCAAUUCUACAGAAAUCCGAGUAUCAUGCUGAAAGUUAAAUCUCCGUUAAGCGAAGAAGUUCCGUUGAAUUUGCAGUUACUCUCAGAAUCGUCGAAGGAUAUGAUAAAUGCUCAGGUUUAUCACGCCAGCGAUCACAAAAUGUCAAGGCCCCUCAGAGAAGAGGCCAACUUCGAGCAACAGAAGCUCGAUAUCAGGUAUUUGCAUCUUAUAACCAAUACACCAUACAAGGUCGUGUGCUCUUCAUAUUCAAAAGCACUUUCGCAUAAGUUCAAACUAAAUGUAAAGCCAUCUUCGUCGGAAGAAUCCAUUUAUUCGGAAUGCAAACUAAAACAAGUUUAUUUUGAGUUUGGGGGCUUUCCUCACCACCUUGAGAAGCGAUUUGGAUGGCCAUCGAAUUCUAAUAGAAUAAGGAUACGGUUAACCAGCAAGAGCAACAACCUAUGCUUCAUAAGAAUCUCACCUAUGGCCUCCUCCCCGUCGCUUUCAAUACGCUGUAACAUUUUCGAUGAAGAAACUCACGGCCAACUUCACACAAUGACGCAAUAUGAAAAGCCGGGCCUUGGAGGGCUUGUCAUUGAUCAACUCAGCAUAGAUGAUUGCACUUCGAUAGUGCUACUAAUUGAGAAAGAUGAAGCACUAUUAAGCGGCAUACCUCUUCGACCUAUCGAAUGUGAGCUGCUGAUCGGAUCUCAAACCACCGUUAGCUUUAAUGAAUGA